AUGCAGCCACUGUUUCCCGGGACAUCUGAGUUGAAUCAAUUGAAAAUGAUAUUCCAGCAGUUGGGUACGCCUUCCGAAAAUGUGUGGCCCGGCUACAGCGCAUUGCCACUGACAAGCGAAGUUAUAUUUGAUCAACAUCCACCGGGCGGAUUGCGCAAAGAGAUAAAGCGGAGUCUACUCUCGGAUAGUGGUUUAUCUUUAUUGGAACAAUUUUUGAUAUAUGAUCCGUCACGACGCUUGACAGCAACCGAAGCGUUGCUGCAUCCUUACUUUGAUGAGCAGCCUGUGGCGAUCGAACCAGCCAUGUUCCUGUCGUCGCUAGAGUUGGAAUACGUCGACCUGUACGACGACUACGACAUGGACGACGACGUGCAUUCGUCUGGGUUUGAAACAGAAGAAUAUAACUCCUCGUACUCAGGUUAUCCCGUUGGUAGCUCAGAGUACAAUGACGACACGACGUAA